AUUGACAAUGACUGAAUCAUCAAAGACAAAAAAGAAAUUAUCGAAAAUUGAUGAAAAAUUACUGGACACAUUGAAACAUUAUGAUUCUUUAUUUUUUGAUAUUUUAUAGCUAUGAAAAACCACCGCCUGGACUUUUCAAAGAAAAUGAUGAAGAAAAACCAGAGGAUGUAAUACCGGAUCUACCAGAGAAUAAAGCUGCAAGAGAAUUUUUGGCCAAAGCACCAACCAAAGGAUUAUGGAUGCCAUUAGGUAAAGAAGUAAAAGUAAUGAAAUGUUGGCGUUGCAAAAUCUAUGGACAUCGUAGUGGCGAUAAAGAAUGUCCAUUAUUCAUGUCCGGUAAUCGUGCUAUGGAAGAAUUUCGACAUGCACAUGAAGAUCCAAUGUAUAAUUACAUUAAAGAGAAUGAAUUUCGUGAAAAAAUGAAAAAAGUUGAAAUGUUGAAAACAUUGUUACAACAAUCUGAUGAUGAUGAUGAUGAUGAUAAUGAUAAACAUGGAAAAAAGCGAAAAAAGAAACAAUCUACUUCUUCUUCUUUGAAAAAGAAGAAAGAAAAAAAAGAUUCACGUCGUAAUAAGCAUCGACGUAAAAAGUCAUCAUCAUCGUCAUCGUCUUCAGAUUCUGAUUCACCAUCAUCAUCAUCAUCAUCAUCCUCGUCGUCGUCGUCAGAUGAUCAUCACUCAAAACGUCAUAAGAAAAAGAGAAAAAAGGAACAUAGUAAAAAGCAUAGAAAACAUCAUACAUCGAAAAAGAGAUAAUCGAUAGGAAACAAAAAAUUCAAAAAUUCUAUAUUGCCAUUUAUCGUUUGCGGUAUACCGUUGAAUGUGAGGAAUUUCCAAAUUAGCACUUGAACAACGAUUAAUAUAAUCUUAAUAUUUAUUAUUGAUUAAUGCAGAUAUAUAUAAUCUCUUGUUCUGAUUUUCCAUCACUGUAAAUAAAGUAAAAAAUUCCAUUA